AUGGAGAGCAGGUACUUCGAUCCGAGAAAAAGGUCAGCAUCUUCUGAUGCUGGGCCCUCGUCGAGCUCCAAGAAGCAAAAGACGUCAACCCGCGACCUCGAAGCACUGCUAGACUGCUCCCAGCUCCUCACGGGACGUACUAUUUCUUCGCGCUUUGACGAGAUAGCAGACGCGCUGCUCUAUGAUUACGAUCUUGUGGUCUGUGGCGAUGCGGCAGAUACGUGCUUCAGACUGCUAGAGUUCGAGUUCUACUUGCACAAGCCAGGAUGUCACGAGGAUCCGUUCGUGCAUCGCACGGCUGAGCAAGGAGAGCUGGGUCGAUGGUACUUCCAUCGAGCCCCUGGCAAGGGAAUGACCAAAUAUCGUGGAGGAACACGCAAAGGGCUCGACUUGACCUUCGGCGAUGCGGACGCGUACGGCGGAAUACUACUACGCUCAGUACAGAGAGAGGGCUCCGCGGAAAUCAUAUCCGGACCGUCUCUGCUCGUCGACAAGAUCGUAUCCCUCAGCGGCGCGUCGGAUCUCAUCGACCUCGUCGAGAACAAGUGGGCGAGAGAUACGUCGGCAUUCACCCCAGUUGGCCUCUUCCUGAGGCCACGCGACGAUACGACAUGUACGGGACAUCGAGACCUAUGCCGUACACCCCGCGUCGGACUCGACCUCUCGACGGCAUCUCGUGCAGAAUAUGUGGCAAAGGCGUACCGCUACGUCGCCUCGUUCGAUAGGCCUCUGAAGUCAAAGACGCAGACUUUCGCCGGCGCCGUAUAUCAUUGCUGCUAUUCCCUGACGCGACCGGAGGGCGACUCCCCUGUGCUCGCAGAGGUUUCAAGGAGCCUGCAUAAUUCCGCCCUGACCGAGCGAUUAGUCAAGCUGACCGCGCUCAGCCCGGCUGUGGUGGCGCGGUACCUCAAAGACUACGUAGCUGGAUACGACAAGGGCUCUGUGAAGCCGUUCGUUGGGAAGAAGAACGUCGCGACAUCCCCAUCGUCCUAUCUGCCGAUGAUGGGAGCGCUGCAUCGCAGUCUACUGGACUCCCACUCAAGCACCUAG